UCAUUUCCGCAUCCCGCGUUUAAACAUACACAUAAGCUCAUACAUAUAAAUAGAUUUAAGCUAUAGAGAAGAAAGAGUGAAGAAAAAUCCACCAUCGCAAAAUCCCCAAUUCUAAUCAGAUCUCUCCGCUCAAAAUCGAUCAAAUGGAGAAGAAGAAAUCCAGUGAAUCGAGCAAUCGCAUGGUUUGGGACUGCGGAAGCUCGCUCUACGACUCGUUCGAGUUGAAAUCGCUCCAAAAGGAGCUCGAUUCCGCCCUAGUCGCCAGAACCCUCUCGAUGCCCCAUUUAUCCGAUCGCCGCGCUCCGCCGCCGCCGGAGAGCAGGAAGCAGCCGUCGAAGAUUUCUCGCUCUUUUCAGAAGCUGAUCCGAGCGGUUUUCAGGCCAAAAGGCGCCAAAAAAUCGAGCUGCGAUGAGAAAUCGGGAAACGGAUUUUAUGUGGUUUAUGAUCGAGCUCCGAAAAUGGCGGAAAUUCCGGAAUAUGAGGAGCUGUCGCCGAGAUUGAGAAGGUCGGCUUCUCUAGGAGUUAUUUGCUCUUGAUUCGUGGAGAAUUCAACUCUCUCUCUGUAGAUUUUCGAUCCUCAAUAGUUUUUGCUUUGAAUAUUAGGAUUUGGAAGAAUACAAAAAGGUGAUGAUGUGUAGAUUUGUAGGAAUAUGCUUUGUCCAUAUUGUUCAUCAGAAUAUUUCUUUGGUUGGUGUAUUUUUAGCUAAUAAAGUUGUUUCAAUUCCAAAAUUAAAACACACGUUCCAUUCAA